AUGAAUGUAGCCAAAAUAUGUGGAGAAUGUCAACCAUUGUACAAUGAUAAGCCAUUCCGUCCUGGAGACCAAGUGGAUGCUUUUGAUUGUAAACCAUGUGAGUGCUACAAUCAUGCUGUUGAAUGUGUUUACAAUGAAACGUUAGACCCCUUCCCUGAUGACCACUACUCCGGAGGCGGAGGCGUGUGUAUAAACUGUCAGCAUAACACCGAGGGACACCACUGUGAGACGUGUAUAACGGGGUUCUAUAGGCCUUUGGGACAAAGCAUGUAUGCUGAGGAUGUGUGUAGUCAGUGCAAGUGUUUUCCACUAGGGGUACUUGAUCUACAGAUGGAUUGUGAAAAGGAGGGUGGUCAAUGCACUUGUAAAGAGAAUGUUGAAGGUCGUCAGUGCGAUGUUUGUAAGGCAGGAUUCUACAACCUUACCGCUGACAACACAGCAGGAUGUCAAGAAUGUGGAUGUAGCCCAGGUGGUACCCUGCACGGAGAUAUCACGUGCUCAUCAGAUACUGGACAGUGUAACUGUAAAUCUAAUGUUAGAGGUUUGAAAUGCGAUUCCUGUCAGUAUGGAUUUUUCCGUCUGAGAACUGACAGUCCUAAUGGAUGUGAACCAUGUAAUUGCAAUCCUUUUGGAUCAACCAAUCAAUACUGUGACCCAGUUACUGGACAGUGCACGUGCAAGUUAAACAUAACAUCCAGACAAUGUUCAGUUUGUGAAGAUGGUUUUUGGGCAUUUGAAAAUGGCUGUAUGCCUUGCGGCUGUGAUCCUAUUGGCACGGAGCCAUCGGGAACCUGUGACAAGCUGACUGGUCAGUGCACGUGCAAAGCUAAUGUUCAGGGACUCAAAUGUGAUGAGUGCAAGGAUGAGACUUUUGGGUUUGGACUUUCGUCAGAAGUUGGUUGUGUGCUUUGUACAUGUAAUCCUGCAGGAACUCUAAAUGGAUCAAUGCUUUGUGACAAGGAAACCGGUGACUGUGUGUGUAAGUUAAAUGUGCAGGGAGCCAGCUGUAAUCAGUGUAAGGGUAAUACUUGGGGGCUCAGUCUUGAUUAUGAUACUGGUUGUAUACCAUGCGAUUGUGACCCUACAGGGACCCAAUUAGGGGAUAUAAACACCAUGGCGGACUUGGCUUGCAAUCAGAACACAGGGGCCUGCACUUGUCUAGCUAACAGGAUCGGGAGACAGUGUGAUGAUUGUUUGUCUGGUUACUUUGUAAGUAAUGAGCCUGGAGGUGGGUGUUUGAACUGUGUGUGCCACCCAAAAGGUACCUUACCACUGACUGAGUGUGACUCACAGACUGGACAAUGUGAGUGCCGAGGUGGCGACUCUGGUGUCACUGGAAUCUCGUGUGAUGAGUGCUUAGAGCAUUAUUAUGGCUUUGAUGGAAGAACAGGCAGUUGCCAAGGAUGUGACUGCUCCCCUGCAGGAAGUGUGAACCAAACAUGUGACCCAUUUGGUGGCCAGUGUUUUUGUAAAGAGUUCACAUUCAAAAGAAGAUGUGACAAGUGUGUCUCUGGGUCAAGUUUUCUUGAUGAGAAUAACCCAUUUGGUUGCAGUAAAGGUAAUAUGUGUAAUUCAUUUAUAAAUAUAAAACAUGCGACCCAUGUGGUGGCCUGUGUUACUGUAAUCAGUUCACAGGCAGAAGAUGUGACAAAUACAUUCCUAGAUGAAGUGUUCAUUAGAAGAACCCAUUUGGCUGCUGUAACUAAAUUUCAUAUCACAUUUGUGGUACGUGAUAUUUUGCAAGAUGUAGAUUCUUUUUCAGUGAAUGAAAUCUGGACCAAGUUUAUAUCAAAAGUGCAAUUUCAAAGUUAAUGCCUGAUAAGAAGGUUAAAUGCAAAAAAAAAACAUUCCAUAAAUAACCAAUGGAAUCAAGAAACUUUUACACAUAAGGGAUAAACUAUUAAAAAAAAAAAAGAAAGGAAAAUAAUUAAAACCUGUCAACAAAAAUGAUUUUAAAACACUAAAAGAACACAUGAAAACAAUAUUUAAAAAAUGCACACUUUCAUUACCUAGGAAACAUGGUUGAUAUUGCCAGCAAUGAAAGUCUUGACCAUAGUGCUAUAUAUAAGAAACUAUCAUUUCUAGAAGCCGGGCUUAACCCUUCUUGAACAUUACACUUCUGCUGUUUUAUCCAAUAGAAAAAAGCUGUAAAACUGCUGUCAAUUAUUGGAGGGGCUUUAUCAUAUCUUUUCACAAUAUUGACAAGACUUUUUCAACCUUGAAAAUUUGUUGAGAUGGGUUUUGUUUUGUAACACUAAAAAAUUUGGCAGCAGUUUGGCUAAUAUGAAUGGUAUCAGAGAGUGUCAUAAUGGUUUACUCACAUCAUACAUAGUCUGAUGAGUAAUGGACGUUAUG